AUGUGUGCUGCUGAACUGUGUCAAAACGAUUUUAGAGAUCAAUUCCACAACAGCGUUAUUGUCAUUUUCGAAAACUCUACUAAAAGUAUGUAUUUUCGUUCAUUGCUAUUAAAAGAACUAUCCAAUCAAAAGAAGCCGUACUACAUCUUAUCUCUGACGAAAUCAAUACCAAAUUUUAGAACAAAAUAUACAGGUAUAUUAAAAUAUUUACUAUUAGAAAUUUCGUCUGUUGAUAAAUUUAAAGAAAGUAUUAGUACAAUGAGAAUACUACCAGGUUGGAACCCCAAAGCGAAUUUUUUAAUUGUAUCAUUUACAGUAUUUAAAAAUUCCAAAAUGAUUGCGAAUAUAAUUUUCAACUUACUUUUAAAAGAAGAUAUAGUACCAACAGCUGUUGUACUAAUAGACCAAGAUACAAAGGCCUUUAAUAUCUUUACAACUGUAUUAAAUGCCAAAGCACCAACGUCAAUUGCUUGUAGAAGAGUAGUAAAAGAAAAUGCAAAGUAUUACCACACUACAUUUUCAAAUAACACUUUUAAAAGAGUUAGAGCCAAAUUCUACCCCUUUCCUCCUUUUGUUAUAUACAAUGGUACUUCUUUUGACAUGAAGCAUCCAGGAAUAGAGAUAAAGCUGUUACGAACAUUAGCGCAAACAUGUAACCUGACUGUGGAAUACUACUUAUCUGAUCCUAAAUGUACUAAAGGAGAAGUUUUUGAUAACGGAACUCUAACAAAAGAUUUUAAAGAGUUGCAUGAGAAUAAAUACGAUGUAAUUACGGGUGGAUAUGUUGUUACAUAUCCUAGAGCACUGUACUUAAAUCCUAGCGCUGCCUACAGCACCGAUGAGUUGAUAUGGUGUGUUCCAAACAGCCAAUAUUACAAAUACAACAUAAACAUUCAACUAGUGGUACUCAUGGUUGGCCUGCUAAUACCUGUAGUCUUAGUGGUUCUUAUUUGGUAUGCUAACAGAAGCAAAGAAGCAAGAUUGAAGUUUGGUACAUCUGUAGAAGGAAUCAUCCUAAAUAGCUUUUCCAUAUGUUUAUUUGUUGCUAUUCCACAACUGCCAAAAACUGACAGAUUAAGAUACUUGGUUGGUUUGUUAAUUAUUUUUGCAUUUUUUUGCACUACCAUGUUCACUACGACUAUAACAAGUUUAUUUAUAAGAAAAACACCAUCACAAAAAUUUGAUUCCAUGGAAAAAUUAUACAAAAGCAAUUUGAAAACUUAUUAUACGACAAACACCUUCCACUAUUUCAGUCAUGUGUUUAUUCCAGGAAUAUCCAGAGCGGAACUAGCACAAAGAAAAAUUGAUUGUUCAGAUACACUUAAGUGCUUGAAUGCUGUCGCAGAAGGGGACUCAGCCGUUGUGAUUUCGAAAUACAAUGUUGAAUAUUUAAUGAUGACACCAAUGAAGUGGCUGGGGGGUGGAGAAGGAGAUGGCAUAAUAAAAGUUGAAAUGGAUCGUGGGCCUCAUCGUACUCAGGAUGAUGCUGCAGUUGGCUAUAUUUUUCAAAGGCCACCUGACCCAGAAUUCCAUUCCUUUGGUCCAAAGCAGCAGAGAUGGGCUGGAGAUGAAGGCAUUAUUGAUAAUCAACAUGAUCAAAAAUGGAAAUACCCAACCGUGGUGAACAACAAGGUGGCCACUCCUCCGAACAGUAUCUCGUACAUGGGCAGUGCCGGUGCUGCCGCCGCGGCCGCGAUGGCCCCUCUCUACGACAUGGGAGCUCCGAACAUCAACAAAACCCUUCAACCGCACGAACAGCAGUACAUCUACAUGCCCAAUCAGAUGCCACCUCCUCCAACGGCGGGUAUGCCACUGCACCAUGCGCCUUAUAUGCCUCCUCAGAGUUUAACGCAGCAGCUGCAUCAGCAGCAACAACAACAGAUGAGGCAUCAGCAAGCACAGCUCGGUGAUCCGUACAGAUCCUUAUUUACACAUCACACCAAAAUCAAUCCUAGGUCUAUCAAAUUUUACUGUAGGAAAUAUUCGGUUGUUCAUAUAGUCAAGCUGGCAAUUACAGAUCUGUUCUGGUUGACAUUUUGUAGUGUUCAAGGUGUUAUUAGAACGAACGUAGUUUUGACGAGGUGGGGCAGGACUCAAAUAGAUAUGAUCGGCCUGUUGAUAAAACUAAGAAAUAGAACGUUUUUAACUUUUAACCAAACCUUCCCUAUUUAG